CAGGACCGGCAUGCCAAGCCCCCGCCGAGGAUGAAGGGCCAGGUGACGGCAGCAGCCAGUGGGGAGCCCUGCCACUUCCCCUUCCGCUACAAGCGCAAGAUGCAAUAUUCCUGCCUCCGGGGCGGCCCGCAUGGCCACCGGUCCUGGUGCGCCACCACCGAGAACUACGACCGGGACCACAAGUGGACUCUCUGUGGGGAGGACAAGAGAGUGACAGAUCCCUGCAAGCCGAACCCCUGUGAGAACGGGGGUGCCUGCAAGAGCAGCCAGGAUGGCUACCACUGUGUGUGCCCUGCCCGCUUCCAUGGCAGGCACUGCCAGAAAGAGAGCUGUUUUGAAGAGCGGCUGCCGGCGUAUUUCCUUGAGGGAGAGAAGUGGCCGAGGUACCGGCCCACCGGCGUGGAGGAGUGCCACUGUGCCGGCGGGAAGACUGUCUGCCGGCCAGCCCAUGGCAAGGCUUGUCCCACAAACCCCUGUCUGAACGGAGGGCACUGCAUGGAAGUGAAGCGGGAGAGGGUCUGCAGCUGCCAGAGCGGCUACGUUGGGCCUUUCUGUGACACAGACCGGAGGCAGGCCUGUUACACCGGGAGCGGGCUCCUGUACAGGGGCAUGGCCCACACCACCCUCUCGGGGGCACAGUGCCUGCCCUGGGACUCUGACCUGCUGUCCCACGAGUUCUCCACCCGCUCCUUGCGCGACGCACUCAGCCUGGGCUUGGGCGGCCACGCCUUCUGCAGGAACCCCGAUAAUGACAGCCGGCCCUGGUGCUACACGCUGAGGGAGGAGCAGCUCAGCUGGGAGUUCUGCAGCGUCCCCCCAUGCGAGCUGCACGCAGCGGGUGCUGUGGACACAGCGGAAGCAGGGGGCCGGCCGGAGGCCAAGCCCACGACCACAAGCCCCAGCGACAGCUCUGCUCAGAGCUGUGGGCAGCGGUACAAGAAGAGCCCGUCCCUGCGGAGCCGGGUUGUUGGCGGCAUGCUGGCGCUGCCUGGCUCCCAUCCCUACCUGGCAGCCCUCUCCCUGGGGGAGCACUUCUGCGGGGGGACCCUCAUUGCCUCCUGCUGGGUGCUGACAGCUGCGCACUGUCUGCGGCACAGGCCGAGCGUCUCCCACAUCUCUGUCAGGCUGGGGCAGACCCACUAUAACAGGAGCACACAGGGCUCCGCCGAGCUCCGUGUGCAGGACUACGUGCUCCAUGAGAACUACUCCCAGGCCACCCAGAGCCACGACAUCG